UACACACACACUCACACACACUCUCUCCCCUACCUCACACACACGGACGCCUGGACGCUGCAGCGUUUUUAAGAGAGUGUUUCCAACCACCGGGAUAGGAGGGAGGAGGCAGGAGGAAGGAGAUCAUGUCCAAAUCCUGACCGUAUUCAUUUGAGAGAGAGAAAAAAAAUUAAAGAAAAAAAAAAAAGGAGAAAUUGUAAAUCUACAAAUCGGAUGGAUCGGCGAUCAGUUCUCGAGCGCUAAACCCGGUCAGAGUGUCAUUGCAGACAUGGGUCGCAGCGGUACGGCACCUCUCGCUCAGCUCCUCGGGGAGUGUUUUCACUGUCAGUCCUUCAGCGCUGGAAAUGGCGUUGUGAUGCUGAGCAUGGAAGACGCAGCGGAGGCGGAUGCCAGGGAAUAAAAGAAAUAUAUGAUCACCUGUGCUUUUCUUAGGGUUGGAUUUUUAGUAGCGGUGGACAGUACCAUGGUGAAUUACCAGAAAUACAUUACUGUUAUGCAGCUGGCUCUGGGGGUGACCGCCUCCAACAAAGAACAUUGUCUUCCACCCAGGAAGCGAAUGUGGGAAAAUCCAAGUGAGCACACGCGGGGUCCACACAGAAAGGGCCAUCGAUCCCAUGACCUUCAGGCGAUGAGGAUACACCCCAGCCCGACUGCCGGCUCGAUCACAGCAGCCUCCUCAGCAAGCACCAAUCAGGGCAAGCCAUCACUCCGCCGCAUCAAGGGCCGCAUUCACAGGAGCAAGAGCCUGGACAGCAUUGAUCUUUUGGACUCCAAUAGUGCAGCAAUGGAGGAGACAGUCAUUUGGGAACAGCACACAGUAACACUACACAGGGCACCAGGGUUUGGCUUCGGGAUAGCCAUAUCAGGAGGUCGGGAUAACCCUCAUUUUCAGAGUGGCGAGACCUCCAUUGUCAUUUCGGAUGUGCUGAAAGGAGGCCCGGCAGAAGGCCUGCUGCAGGAAAAUGACAGAGUUGUUAUGGUCAAUGCUGUCUCCAUGGACAACGUGGAGCAUGCAUACGCUGUCCAGCAACUUCGUAAAAGUGGGAAAAUUGCCAAAAUUACAAUUCGACGGAAGAGGAAGGUGCACGUCCCCAUGGGCCGCCUCGGCGAGAGGGAGACCAUGUCGGAACACGACGAGGAAGAGGACAGCUACGACGAGGAGAUAUACGAGACGCGAAGCGGACGCAGCGGCGCCUACAGCGGUGUGGGCGGGGCCAUGGGCAGGCGCAGCGGCCGGAGCAGCGGGCGGAGGGACAGGGAACGUGAGCGCAGCGGCUCGCGGGAGAGGAGCCUCUCCCCGCGCUCGGACCGCCGCUCACACAACCUGCCCCCGCGCCCCGCCAAGGUCACGCUCGUCAAGUCCCGCAAAAAUGAAGCAGAAUAUGGCCUGCGCCUGGCCAGCCACAUCUUUGUCAAGGACAUCUCCCCCGAGAGCCUGGCAGCCCGGGACGGCAACAUCCAGGAGGGGGACGUGGUACUGAAGAUCAACGGCACAGUGACAGAGAACCUCUCCUUGAUCGACGCCAAGAAGCUGAUAGAAAGGUCAAAGGGCAAGUUAAAAAUGGUUGUUCAAAGAGACGAGAGGGCGACCCUGCUGAACAUCCCUGACCUGGAUGACAGCAUUCCUUCAGCCAACGCCUCCGACAGAGACGACAUUUCAGAUAUCCAUUCGCUGGCGUCUGACCAUUCCAAUCGAUCACACGAAAGACACCGCAGCAGCCGAUCACGCUCCCCAGACAGACGAUCCGAACCCUCAGACCACUCCAGACACUCACCCCCUCAAAUCAGCAAUGGAAGUCACAGAAGUCGUGAUGACGACCGGCUCUCCAAGCCCGCUUCCACCCCAGCGAAGCUGGCCGAGGACAUUCCUCUGCCCAAACCCAAGGAGCCAGCAAGAGAGGACAAGCAGCUUCCCCCUCUACCAGAGCCCAAGCCAGUGUAUGCUCAGCCCGGACAGCCAGACGUAGACCUGCCGGUCAGUCCGUCUGACGCCCCGGUGCCAAGCGCUGCCCAUGACGACAGCAUCCUACGGCCAAGCAUGAAGUUGGUGAAGUUUAAGAAAGGGGAGAGCGUGGGACUGCGCCUCGCUGGGGGGAAUGACGUGGGCAUCUUCGUGGCUGGCGUACUGGAGGACAGCCCAGCUGCCAAGGAGGGCUUGGAGGAGGGCGACCAAAUUCUCAGGGUAAAUAACGUAGACUUUGCGAACAUAAUUCGAGAGGAGGCGGUGCUAUUCCUCCUCGACCUUCCAAAGGGUGAAGAGGUGACUAUCCUGGCUCAGAAGAAAAAAGAUGUGUAUCGACGGAUCGUGGAAUCAGACGUUGGGGACUCCUUUUACAUCCGGACACACUUUGAGUACGAGAAGGAAUCUCCAUACGGGCUCAGCUUUAACAAGGGCGAGGUGUUCCGCGUGGUGGACACCCUCUACAACGGCAAGCUGGGCUCCUGGCUGGCCAUCCGCAUUGGCAAGAACCAUCAGGAGGUGGAGAGAGGCAUCAUCCCAAACAAGAACAGAGCGGAGCAGCUCUCCAGUGUUCAAUACACUCUCCCGAAAACUGCAGGAGGGGACAGGGCCGACUUCUGGAGGUUCCGAGGUCUUCGCAGUUCAAAGAGGAACCUGAGGAAAAGCAGGGAGGACCUCUCUUCCCAGCCAGUGCAAACAAAGUUCCCAGCUUAUGAAAGAGUUGUUCUGAGAGAAGCUGGUUUCCUGAGACCAGUCGUCAUAUUUGGACCAAUCGCUGACGUUGCUCGAGAGAAGCUUUCGAGAGAAGAGCCAGACCUUUUUGAGCUCGCGAAGAGUGAACCGAGAGACGCAGGGACAGACCAGCGCAGUUCAGGAAUCAUUCGUCUUCACACCAUCAAGCAGAUCAUUGACAGAGACAAACACGCCGUGCUGGACAUCACCCCUAAUGCUGUGGACAGGCUGAACUAUGCUCAGUGGUACCCAAUAGUAGUUUUCCUAAAUCCCGAUAAUAAACAGGGUGUGAAGAACAUGAGGACCAGACUGUGUCCGGAGUCCAGGAAGAGCGCCAGGAAGCUCUAUGAGCGAGCCAUUAAACUGAGGAAGAAUAAUCACCACCUGUUCACCACAACCAUCAACUUGAACAACAUGAAUGAUGGCUGGUACGGAGCUUUGAAGGAAACCAUCCAGCAGCAGCAGAACCAGUUGGUGUGGGUGUCGGAGGGCAAGGCCGACGGCACCACAGAGGACGACUUGGAUAUCCACGACGACCGUCUGUCCUACCUAUCGGCGCCAGGCAGCGAGUACUCCAUGUAUAGCACAGACAGCCGCCACACUUCUGACUACGAGGACACGGACACGGAGGGCGGGGCCUACACAGACCAGGAGUUAGACGAGACGCUGAACGACGAGGUGGGCCUGCCCACGGAGCCCGCCAUCACUCGCUCCUCGGAGCCCGUGAGAGAGGACCCCCCUGUGAUUCAGGACACGCCCGGUUACCCUGGAUACCAGCACCCCGUGCAGCCUGACCCGGUCAGUCGCAUUGACCCCGCUGGCUUCAAGAUGGCCGCCCCACAGCAGCAAGGUGAGGCUGCUCUGCCCACACCCUCGCUGCCUCCGACGGCGGUAGCAACCCCCGCUGCUGAGCAGCCUGUACAGCUAGAGGGUGUGCACCUAGAGGAGCCGCCUGCUGCAGCCGCAGCCCCUCAGGCUGACUCACUUAGCAGCCCCAGUCCUGCCCCUGAGCUUAAUCCGCCCCCACCACCUCCACUUGAACCCCACCCGUCUGGACCGCCUGGUCCAGAACCAAAGAUGUACAAGAAGGAUCUGUACAACAUGGAGGACCCGGUGCGAAUCAACCACGGCCUGAAGCAGUCUUUGAGCUACAGUCACCAGCCGCCGUACCAGGACAAACAGCCAUACCGCGAAUACGACCACCCGCCUUACGGUUACGAUGGAGGCGGCUACUCGGAACCAAAGCCUCACAACACUGACUCUCACCUGCACUACGACAACAGAGUGCCUCAUUACAGCGAACAGUGGCCCCCCUACGACCAGCAGACCUCGUCCUCGCAGCCCGCCGGCUACCAGCCAGGCCACCAGCAACCCAUGGGCUACAACCCCCGGUCCCCCUACGAGGACGGAGCAGGGCGGGACUACAGCCCCCCCCAGCCACGGUACGACGACGCUCCGCCCGUGGGCUACGACGGCAGGCCGCGUCACGGCAAACCCGGGCCGAUCCGGUACGACGAACCCCCUCCGCCUCCGACCGGCUACGACGCCCGGUCCCCCUACGAGGCCGAAUCACACAGCUUCCCCAUCAACUCGCCCCGAUCGCCCGAGCCCCCGAAGCAGUAUUACGGCGACUCCGGUCUGAGGGCCACCUACAUGCCCGGGCCUCCAAACCGGGGCUAUAAGCCAGGGAUGCAUGAGCCUGCCGUGAACUCUGAACCCGCUGUCCCCCCUCCUAAACCGGAGACCCUGCCCUCCCCGGGUGAGCCGGCGAUCACCCCGGGCUCCAAGCCCCUCCCCCCUCCUCCGCGGGAAGACCUGGACGAGGACCCGGCCAUGAAGCCGCAGUCGGUGCUCAAUAGAGUCAAGAUGUUCGAGAACAAGCGGUCCGUUUCUAUGGACAGAGCGAAAGAGGGAGCGGAGUCGGCGGUGCUCAGGCCUGCAGAUGUUCCUAAACCUGUGAGCGCACCUGGCCCCGUCCUCAAAGCCAAUUCCCUCAGCAACCUGGAGCAGGAGAAGUCUGCCUACAGAGCUCCUGAGCCACAGAAGCCCCACGCUAAACCCCUGGAGGACGUGGUGCGCUCAAACCACUACGACCCGGACGAGGACGAGGAGUACUACAGGAAGCAGCUGUCCUACUUUGACCGCCGUAGCUUUGACAGCAAGGCGAUGGGCCAACCCAGUCCAGGCAUUAACCGCUUCCACGAUCUGCCCAAACCAGCUCAACUGUCUUACCCGUACAACAGAGUUGAGUCUGUAGAGAAGGUGAGCCCGGUGGAGAAGAGAUACGAGCCCCUGCCUCAAAUCAGUCCCUCCUCACAGUACGGGCCGCCGCCGCCUGCCGCUCCGCCCAGCACGCUGCCGAAACUCAGCCCCAACGACGCCAACACUCUUCCUGAACCUCUGAGUUCUCCCAACCCCAAACCCGAGCUGGCAGCUCUCCGGCCGGCCAGCAGGGACGAACCCGCACCGGGCGGCUACCUCCCGCCGCGGGGCCUCCCCGACAAGUCCCCGGUCAACGGCACCGACCCGGCGCCCUCCAAGACCAUGGGCGCCCCCGCUCCGAUGAGCUACAACCGCUACGUCCCCAAGCCUUACACCAGCGCCGCCCGGCCCUUCGAGCGCAAGUUUGAGAGCCCCAAGUUCAACCACAACCUGCUGCCCAACGACACGCAGGUGAAGACCGACCUCCUCGGCAAGCCCGGCAUGGUGGGCAACAGCGGCGGGAAGCCCCAGCUGUCGCCGCAGCCCCUCGACCACGACAGCGGCCUGGACACCUUCACACGCACCAUGGACAACAGGCCCAAAUACCAGCACAAUAACAUCAACGCCGUCCCCAAGGCCAUCCCUGUGAGCCCCAGCGCGCUGGACGACGAGGACGAGGACGAGGGCCACACGGUGGUGGCCACAGCCCGCGGGAUCUUCAACUGCAACGGCGGCGUCCUGAGCUCCAUCGAGACCGGAGUCAGCAUCAUCAUCCCCCAAGGCGCCAUCCCCGAGAGCGUGGAGCAGGAGAUUUACUUCAAGGUGUGUCGGGACAACAGCAUCCUGCCUCCGCUAGACAAGGAGAAAGGAGAAACGCUGCUCAGUCCGCUGGUGAUGUGCGGCCCUCAUGGACUGAAGUUCCUGAAGCCAGUGGAGCUGCGCUUACCUCACUGUGCGUCUAUGACCCCUGAUGGUUGGUCUUUUGCUCUAAAAUCCUCCGACUCCUCGUCGGGUGAUCCCAAAACGUGGCAGAACAAAUCUCUCCCCGGAGACCCAAACUACCUGGUGGGUGCAAACUGCGUGUCUGUGCUCAUUGACCACUUCUGAAGAGGGCAACAGCUGGCCUGUUACUGAAUGUGAUGAACACGGGGCCUGGGGGUCGCCUCCGCUGUGCGAGGCCGGACGCACAACUCUCCAAGUACGAACUCCACACCCACCCUCACGUUGUUUACUGUGCCCAAAAUUAAAACAGGAAGAAGAAGAAGAAGAAGAAGAAAAAAAAAAGGAAAAAAGUUACACAAACACACUUACACAAGGAGAGUCGGAGUAGUCCAGCAUCCUCAAGGCUGUACUCUUGUUCUUUUCUUUCUUUUUUUUUUUUUUUUUUUUUCGGUGCUUUUCAAGGCUUGCAAAAAAUAAAAGAUUAAAACACGUUAUCUAAACACAGGAACUGGAGUUGGAAUGCAUGACCAGUGCCACAGACUGAAAUAGCCCAUUUUGACAUUUUUAUCUAAUUUUCUAAAAGGUCAGAGCAGUGCAAGGGGGGGGGGGGGGGGGGGGGGGGGAAGGAGAAUUUUGGAAAAAAAAAACUUGUUUAAUAGUGUAAUGGAAUUUUUUUGCGUACUGUAUUUAAAAAAAAAAGAAAAAGAAAAGAAAAACACUCACAAACAGUAAAGUUGGUAUAUGCAAAACUUUUGUUUGUGAGUCCGUUGGUCAUGCGUUUCACUCAUGAAGGAUCUCUGAUGAAGGACUGGAGAAAAGAUGAGGCCGACUCAUGAAGGAAGACGUAGACAUCUUAAAGAAUAUUUAAGAAAAGAAAAAAUGAUAAUAAUAAAUAAAUAAAUAAAUACAGAAUGAAGUAUUAGUAGGAAAUGCCCAUUUGUUGCAGCGGGGGUCUCUCUCUGCUGAAACCUGAUGUUUUGUAGAAAUGUUUUACCGUAGAUAAAUAAUACUGACUUGAUUUUACAAACUCCUGCUGUCUAGAGAUCUAUGCAUGUGCUAUGACUCAGGUCCAGAAGCCUGCUACUACUAAGUUCAACACAUGGAAUUCCCAUCGUACACUGCAAGCAGUGAUGCCUUAUCUGCAUAUUAACUUUUCAGUGAAACUUUAAAAAACAUCGGAUUCCUUCAGUUCUAACAAUCACUACGGAAGACAAACGUCGUCUCUGCAUUUUUUUUUUUCUCACGAACGGAGAACUCAGAUUUUAGCACACGAGAAUAAAUUGAGGCUGAUGAAAAGGUAUGCUUUCUUUUACUGCUAUGCAUAUUGAAGUCUGAGGAAAUACAAAAAGCUAGAAGAUGUUUAAAUUGUGGCUGUACAUAUUGCUAGCAUAUGGCCUUGGUUCUCUGUAAAUGAACUUUUGUACAUCUUUGUUAUUUUGUAUAAAAGAGAAAA